GAACAUGAUAAACUAUAAUAAAAAAUGGAGAUUAAUAAAUUCCAGUUAAUAAAUUAAAAGACGAGCCAAAAAUAAGAUAAUGAAUAGAAAGAAAACAAAAGUAAGCAUAAUGGUUUGCCUUAUUUAAUAUCCUUGAGUAUAUACACAAAUCCUCUUUUAUGUUUACAUCAUAAGCAUUCUUGAGGAUAAGCUUCACAUCUGUUACAUAAUAAGAGAAUAAUAUACUCGUAAAAUGAAGAUGGUAAGGUAAGAAGGAAAGGAACCGAGAGAUCAUCUCCGUAAUAAAAAAAAAAAGUUGCGUCACGUCCUUAUAUAAAACUCCUAUAUAAUGCAUUUGGAAAAAAAAAAACGGCCAGAGCUUAAACUAUUACAUAAGACAGACGAGAGAGAAAAACUUACAUAAUACUGCCAAACAAAACUGCACUAAUGUUUACGAAAGAAGGAUUAAAAUCGAUAACCGGCCAACACAAACAAGCGAGCAUCAGAGCCCUGUACCUUAUACAAACAUGAGGACUCGAGGAAGAGGCGGAGCACCAGCAGACGAGGACCGGACGGCAGCAGAGGAGGACCUGAGAGGUGUGCUAAACUAAAAAGUGAGCCAGGUCUGCCCUAAGAUAGGCUUCCCUACAGACGUGAUGUGAAAUGGUGACGCGAGGACUAGACGUGGGGCGCCUCCCUCCUGCUUCCCCGAAGUCCUUUCCUUCACCUUCACUCCUACGGGCACGUCACAGUUUCCCUCCGGCAGAAGAUUGUCGCCUCCUGACUGGGGCGGCGGCAGGAGCUGGGGUGAGAGGGAGCGUGAGGCAACGGAGGACGAGAGAGGGAGAGUGGAGGAUGGAAAACUUGUGGCAGAAGGCCUAGGGUAUGAGAAAGUGAAGAGAGAUGUGAAGGAUCUCCCAGCAGGCUGCAAGACGCCGCCCUCAGUGAACCACAUCAGUCAGGAGUGGCAGAGGAGUGAAGGCGGCAUCAUCGGAAGCUGCGACACUGGCUACGAGUCUCCAUUCGGCGGCCGAAAACUGGUGAUCAUGUGUGUGGAUGGCAAGUGGGAGCAACUGCCGUGGCCUGAUCCCAGCAACCCAUCGUGCGUGCCCCUGUGUUCACCGGCGUGCAGUGCGGGGCGGUGCGUGGCUCCCAACACCUGUGAGUGUCCUUAUGGCCUGUAUGGAAGCCUCUGUGAGAUCGCUACAGGGUGUUCUGAGCCGCCCUUGAUCCCACGCCAUACAAAGUUUGUCAUGGGGCGGGCUGGGAGUGGCAAGCUGACCUGCGAGGAAGGCUACGGGUUCCCCAGUAACGAGACUGAACUCAGCCUGGUCUGCAUCAACGGUCUGUGGUUCGCUCCGGGGGUUGAGCAUGAGGAAAACGAGCUGGUGACGAGGGGACGAGUGAAGGGAGACAGCAUCAUAUGCAUGAGGAAGCUGGGAAUGGAGAGCGUGCAGAGAAGUGACGCAGACCCAGGGUGGAAGUGCCCGACGCCCCCACACGUCCCUCACGCCUCGCUCGUCUUGAUUGAGGAUGAGUCUUCUUUCACCUGGACGUUCGAGGUGAGGUGUUUGCCUGGCUACUUUCUUCCCAACACGAAUCUCACCAAGAUCACCAUUCACUUGGAGGGCGGCGUGUGGAAGACUCCGGAAGAGUUUGACAUGGAUUACAAAGACGUGUCCUGUGAGCUUCCCUGCGUUGACGAGGGGAUGGGGAUGGAUGGCUGUCAGAACGGAGGGAGCUGUGUGGAGGGAGUCUGUGUCUGCCCUACUAACUCUACGGGCCAGUUUUGUGAGAUGCCCCGCUGCUCUCAUCUUGACCUGCCAACCUUGUACCAUGCCUACUACUUUUAUGCGGACGAGGUGACUCCCGAAGGAAACCCCAUACUGAAGAUCCAAUGUCAGAAGGGAUUCUUCUUCCCCGACAACUCCACUGUCGCCUCCGUCAAGUGUUCUAACGGCUCAUGGGAGUUUGGGACCGAGGGGAUGUACCAGCGAUGCCUUCCCCGGUGUCGCGUUGUGUGCAUGCCGCCCCUGGUCUGCGUGGGGCAAGACCAGUGCGGAUGUGACCGGAACGCGACGCACGAAGGGACUUGUAAGCUUUUGGUGGGAAUAGGAGAUGAGCUGCCGCAGAUCGUGGAUGGCCAUAUUGUCCAGAAACCAGACGGUACUUAUUACUUGAAGUGCAAAAAAGGUUACCAGAUCAACGACCAACAGAAGCUGGACAUGGUUUUCUUUAACGACACAUGGCUGCUGAUGGGAGUAUUUCCAGCUUACUCUUACCAGUGCAAGCCGCAGUGUUCGCCCCCGUGUGGUAACAGAGAGGAGUGUUUCAAGCCCAACGAGUGCCGUUGUCUUCCCUACUUUGAGGGGAAGAACUGCGAGAACAUCAAGCCCAUGGUACACCCCUGCCCCUCCCUCUACCCCUACAUCCCCUACGGCAAUGUGAGCGAUGAUGGCAAGCUGGUAUGUAUCGGAGGUUUUCAGCUCUCUAAUAACUUAACCUCGACAAAUUUGACUUGCAAGAACGGACAGUACGAAGUGGAGGAAGGCGACGGGAAGUGCCAUCCGGUGUGCAAGCCUGGCUGCUACAACGGAGGUACCUGCGUGGCGCCCGGCGUAUGUGUCUGUAUCGAAGGGUUUUCUGGAAGGCGAUGUCAGCUGACCGAGUGCCCCAUUUCAAUGCCAGAGUUGUUAUUCGCCACGAUUGUUCAAUGUACGUAUGACUGUCCAUUCCUCAUAUGCCAAGUCGGAUACAAAUUCCCCACGGGCGAGAACCGCAUGCCGCUAAAUUGUGUGGACGGCGAGUGGCGAACUGUUUACAACACUACUGUAGUGUCCUGCGAACCUAAAUGUGACCCUGCGUGCGUGAACGGAGGAGUGUGUGUCGCACCCCAGAAGUGUUCCUGUCCCGCUGGGUAUGGCGGAGACCAGUGUCAGCUGCCCAAGAGAUGCUCCUCGCUGCCCACCGGCCUCGUCAACGCCAAGUUUUGGAACAAAGGAGACACGGGCAUCGCCUUUUGCACGGACGGCUACACCUUCAACAGCAGAUCAGGCGCUGAGGAAAACAUCACGUGUGUCAAGGGCAACUGGGAAAUCAUAAUCAAUGGCGAGCGGAGGAACGAAUUAGUCAAGAUUAAGCCUCAGAACAUCGGGGAGAUGGUGCUCUUCCAGCUAGGUUGUCUACCGCUGUGUAACCCUCCCUGUCUCAACGGCGGCACCUGCGUCAGCCACAACCUGUGCAUGUGUCCACCUAACGAGCAUGGGACCGGCUGCCACUUGCACACAUGUUUUUGUCCCUUGCCGCACAUCCUGAACGCCAAUUAUCUUUACGGCGGGGACGUCAUGGCUAUCUUAAGAUGCAAGCCUGGAUUCAGGUUUUCUUUCGGUGGAGACUUGAUCACCCUCACGUGCCGCAACACCGAGUGGCUCGUGCACGACUACCCUUCCUUCGUACCUCCCUCGUGCCUCCCGGUGUGUGUUCAGGAGUGCCUUAACGGCGGCGCGUGUCAGGAGGACGGCACCUGCGCUUGCCCGCCAGGGUACAUCGGUCUCUCAUGUGAGAUUCAGCAGGAUGAACAAUGCUUCGACUCGCCCCCGGCCAUCGACAACACCAUGCUUACGCUAACGAACCACACGGGGACGUACACGUGCUUACCUGGGUUCAGGUUAGGGAACGGCACCGAGGUGACGGUGCUGCUGGAAUGCCGUGGCUCACGCUGGGUAUUCCCGGAGUACAACGACACCACUCCGCAGUGCGAGUUCUGGUGCCAAGAGGGCGAGUGUGGUCUGGAGGGCGAGUGCCUGCCGUCGGGGAAGUGCGUGUGUUCUCCUUACUGGACGGGGGAGAGGUGCAUAGAACCGGUUCUUGGUGCCGAGUGUAGCGAGUUGCAGUUAAACCACACGAUUAUCAAGCCACUAGGUUCUAACGUGACAGAAGUUCAAGUUACCUGCUUGAACGGGUACGAGAUGUCGAACGGAAUGACCACCCUUAAGAUGACGUGUGUGGAGGGAAUGUGGCUCAGCAGACAACCCACUCACCACGAGGACGCCCUCGGCUGCCAUCCAGUAUGCGACCGUCCUUGUCUCAACGGUGGCAUCUGCGUCAUCCCGAACCGGUGUGAAUGUGCUGAGUUCUUCGAGGGAAAAGACUGCAGCAAGCUGGUGUACGGCAAAUGUGAGGCCGUCAUUAACAAACCCGCGAACCUGACCCUGGAGAAGAGAAACGGGUCGCUGGUGCUGAGGUGCGAGUCGGAGCGGCCGGUGGGAGCUGGCGACGUGGAGUUCGUGUUGUCCUGCAGCUUCGGGAAUUGGAUCACCCCCAUGGACUGGUCGUGGAACAUCACCUGCGCCACCGGGGGAAGCUGCACCAAUCCCCACGCGCCCAGGAACGCCUACAUAUCCGGCAACUCGUCAGGUAUCUACAUGGUGUGUGACAAAGGCUUCAACAUUGAGGGCGAGAAGAUCGUGGGGUUGGAGUGCAUCCCAGAGAGGGACGCGUGGGCCUUGGUCAUGACGGAGACCUUUUUCCUGGAGGACGUGGAGUGUACGCUGGACACAGACGAGGUGUGCAACUUGGAAUGUGGGCCAAACGGUGUGUGCGCGCACAAUGUCUGCGUGUGUGAUUCGGGGUGGACGGGGCCCCUCUGCCGAACCCAGCUGUGCACCUCCACUGAUUUCCUGGUGGAUAACGCAGAAGGAGUCUCCUACAUCAAGCCAGGGGAACAGGUAGUUGUUUUCUGUUCUGCCGGCCACCGCUUGCCUUCAGGGACGAGCUCCGUGACGCUGACAUGCGAUCAAGGCUCCUGGAUGCUGUCCGGCGUGAUGCUCGGCCACCAGAGAACCAGGUGCAAGCCGCUGUGUGAUCCCCCGUGCCACAACCUCGGCAAAUGCAUCGGGCAUAAUGUCUGUGAAUGUCAGUUCGGCUUCACAGGUUCCAGGUGUACCAUAUGUGGUGACAUUCCCGACCUGCGAGUGACCACCUCCGGGAUAAGUUGCAACUUUCCCUACACGGUGAAUGGCAAAGAGUACAAUGACUGCUUCCAGGCGGACCGCGAUUCUCCGGCCUGGUGCCCCACGAUCAUCAACAUCAUAAGCGGCCAGAUCAUAGGCUCUGGGAUGUGCCUCUAUGACUGGGGAUACAAGAGAAUCACCAUUACGUACUCUGGCAAGACCUGCAAGUUUCCCUUCUUGCACGAGGACACCCUGCGCUCCUCCUGUGUCACCCACGGGAACCUCUCCUACUGCCCCACGAUCACCGACAAGAAUAAUCGCCCAGUGGAGUAUGAACAGUGCGCCAGCGAGGAUGAUGUCCCUAACCUUAUAACCAACGCAGACUUAGCCAACGGGUUACUAGUGGCUACGACGGACGGACAGAUUUGCGAGUUCCCCUUCGUGUAUCUCGGCGUCACCUACAAAGCUUGUAUCAAGACAGACUCCGGGGCGGCCUGGUGUGCGACGAAGGUGGAUGUGAACCGCGAAGUGCUGGAGUACGGCGUGUGCAUCUAUACUGAGGCCCCGUCAGGUAUCCGACCAACUAAUCCAAUCAUCAUCGACAUCGCUAACUACUGCCGGAAGGAUGAGUAGCACCUUCCACUGCUUGGCCGGAGCGAGGGACAACAGGGACAAGGGGCGAGGGAGCUUCAAGGCUUCACGGUCUGAUUACUGACAUCACUUUGUUCGAGAAGCUGGGCGUUACUGGGCGUUGUUAUGUCACUUUAAAAAUUUACUUCCGCGACAUAUUAGAGAUACGCAAAUAUGUAAUUAAGCUACACACACACGAGCGUGACAUCAUGACAUUUUAUUCUUUUAUUAGACUGAGAUCACAAACCGACGUGAAUGGGUUCACAUCUUUAUCCGGCAGAUGAGCAAUCAAGACCUGGACCGUGAAUGAACACUCACAUUAUGAGUUUUUCCGAACCUGACCUUGCUGGGAGUGAGUCUAGCGCCGUCACAUAAGAACAUAAGGAAAAUAAGGAAGUUGCAAGAAGCCAUCGGACCUACACGUGGCAGUCCCUGUAUAAAACGUACCUACCUAUUCUCACUUAUAACUAUUUAUAUAGAACACCAUUAUAUUGGACGACAAAUAAAAUUUAACUGUGGAAAUUCAAAGGCAUUUAUUAACUGAAGAUGCACAACAUAACAUAUACGAUAGAACCCAACGUGCACUAUUUACCGAUGAUAAUCAGUGUAACCUUCAUCCAACGAGCCAUUAAUCUGUAAAAUACACAACUACCACUAUUAUAUUGGCUGUCAUUCUGUACAUGUCUCAAUGCCGUGACCUCCAGUCUGUAUCGAUUGCUCAUGUCAAGAAAGAUUACCUCAUCUACAUUAAUAAUAAAUAAUUAAACAACGAUAAUCCUUACCACUGUAAAAUUUAAGUAAAAAGAAUAAUUGUU